AUGGAAAAUUUGCAUAAGCUUUCUCGCUUUCAAAUGCACCGUAAUCUGCUUGGAAGUGGAAAACCUCAAAGCUUGAGCUUCCUUUGCUCAUUAACUAACAGCACCGAAUUAGAAGAUCUGAAUUUUAGCGCUAACAAGUUCGGUGGGGUGUUACCUAAAUGCCUAGGUAAUUUAUCCACCACUCUCAAGGCCUUUGCAGCAACCAGGAAUGAAAUAUUUGGUGAGAUUCCAGAAGAAAUCGGGAGUCUUAUCAACCUGGAGGACUUAUUUAUGAAUCGCAACCAGCUUUCGGGGGUUAUCCCCUCAAAUUUGGGGAAUCUACAAAUUCUAAAGCGAUUGCAGUUGAACUAUAGCAACCUCAAAGGGACUAUCCCAUCAUCUUUGGGAAAUCUAACCAAGUUGAUUCAAUUAGAUCUUUCUGGGAACGAUUUUCGUGGGCAAAUUCCUUCACAUCUAUCAAACUGUCGGUCUCUUGAUGCACUUGAUCUAUCUGACAACAAUCUCAGCGGUGCCAUACCCCCGCAUCUUAUUGGUCUCUCAUCAUUGGCCAUCUUUCUGAACUUGUCAAAUAACCAUUUGACUGGGGUUCUACCCAUAGAAGUUGGCAACCUGAGAGCUUUGAACGCGUUGGACAUAUCUGACAAUUUAUUGGUAGGUGAAAUCCCGACUAGUCUAGGUGGUUGCACUUCAUUAAUACUUCUACGAAUGGCGGGCAACUUCUUCCACGGGUCAAUUCCACAGUCAAUCAAAUCGUUAAGAGGCAUUGAACAGCUAGAUCUUUCACGCAAUAAUUUGUCAGGUCAGAUUCCAGAAUUCUUAGCGGUAUUUCGAUCUUUAAAUCUUUUGGAUUUGUCGUGCAAUAAGUUUGAAGGCAUGCUACCAUGUGAAGGAGUCUUUAAGAAUGCUGCUCGUACUUCUAUUGUUGGUAAUAAUGAGCUAUGCGGCGGAUUACCAGAAUUUCAUCUCCCUAAUUGCAUUUCCAAAAGCUACAAAAGCAGAAUGAUCAAUAUAGUGAUAGUUUUCACUUAUGUUAUUUCUGGAGUUCUUGGAAUGGCUCUUAUUGUGGUUUUAAUAUAUCUUUGUUGGGUGAAGAAGAAAGUAAAUGAGCCAGUUUCAAGUUCAAUGGAUGAUUCACGUCUAAAUGUAUCUUAUGGGACACUCUUAAAAGCAACUAAAGGUUUUUCUGCGGCAAAUUUGAUCGGUGUUGGUAGCUUUGGUUCGGUUUACAAGGGGAUACUUGAGGACAAUGGAAUGGUUGUUGCCGUGAAGGUACUUCAUUUAGUCUGUCGUGGUGCUCUGAAGAGCUUCAUAGUCGAGUGCGAGGCAUUAAAGAACAUCAAACAUCGAAAUCUUUUAAAGAUACUAACAGUUUGCUCUGGUAGUGAUUACCAAGGAAAUGAUUUUAAGGCCUUAGUCUACGAAUUCAUGGACAAUGGAAGCUUGGAACAAUGGCUACACUCAUACGCAACAUCAUCUCAUGGGAAUAUGCUCCCGAAAAAGUUGAAUUUCAUUUGGAGGAUAAAUAUUGCAAUUGAUGUUGCUUCUGCCCUAGAUUAUCUUCAUCACCAGUGCCACAUCCCUAUCGUUCAUUGUGAUUUAAAACCAAGCAAUAUCCUCUUAGAUGCUGAGAUGGUCGCACAUGUUGGAGACUUUGGAUUGGCAAAAUUCCUUCUUGAAUCAUCCCUUGAUACUGUAGAUAAUCAGAUGAGCUCAGUGGGUCUUAGAGGGACAAUGGGUUAUGCUCCACCAGAGUAUGCGAUGGGAUGCGAGGUUUCAAGAGAAGGCGAUGUCUAUAGUUUCGGCAUUCUCUUACUGGAGAUAUUCACAGGCGGUUUGGAUUUGGAGUCUGAUCCGUCGAGCCGGUCGGGAGGAGAGGAGCUUGUGGUCGCGCGCGGUCUUGUGGAUGCGAAAUCAGCCGGCGAAGGAGGGACGAGGAAACGCUUGAGGCAGAAUGUCUUGGCCUCGCAAGACUCCGGUGAUAGGGCGAUGAUCGCAUGA